AUGUCAGAAACAUCUCUAGACUUCCAGUUCCCAUCCAUUGAUAGGCCAUUUGGUGUCAGCUUAUGGUCUUAUUUUGACUUAUUUGCUUCAACUGUUACUCAAGGUCGUUUUGUUCCAUCAACUUUUAAAUUCGUUGAAGGUGAAACCUUACUAUCAACUUUCCCACCAGUUGCUAUUACCAUUGCUUUGUAUUAUAUUAUCAUAUUUGGUGGUCAAGCAAUUUUCAGAAAAUUUGACUUACAACCAUGGAAAUUGAAUUUUUUGUUUCAAUUGCAUAAUAUUUCAUUGACUUUAAUUUCAUUCACUUUGUUAUCUUUGAUGGUUGAACAGUUGGUUCCAAUCUUGUACCAUCAUGGUUUAUUUUAUGCUAUCUGUAAUAGAAAUGCUUGGACUCAACAAUUGGUUACUUUAUACUUCUUAAAUUAUUUGACUAAAUAUUUGGAAUUUGUUGAUACUUUAUUCCUUGUUGUCAAAAGAAAGAAGAUCAUCUUCUUACACAGUUACCACCACGGUGCAACUGCUUUGUUAUGUUAUACCCAAUUAAUUGGUGUCACUUCUAUCAGUUGGGUUGUUAUCUCAUUAAACUUAGGUGUCCAUGUUGUUAUGUAUUUCUACUACUUCUUAGCUGCUAGAGGUAUUAGAGUUUGGUGGAAACAAUGGAUCACAAACUUUCAAAUCAUUCAAUUCGUUUUUGAUUUGAUCUUUAUUUAUUACGCCGCUUUCAUCAAGGUUAGAAAUGAUUUUGGUUUCUUCGGUUGUGCUGAACAUACUUGUAUUGAUUGUGUUGGUACCACUUUAGCUACAUGGGCUGGUCUUUCAAUCAUUUCUUCCUACUUAUUAUUAUUCAUCUUAUUCUACAUUGAUAUUUACAUCAAAAAGGGUAAGAAGGCUAAAGUUGUCAGAAGAGUUGGUGGAUUUGGUAACAAAGUUAAUGAAUAUGUUAGUAUUGAUUUGAAGAACGUGGCAACUCCAUCCCCAUCUCCAGCUCCAACCAAUAGAAGACGUGAUUCACCACCAGCUUCAAGCAGAUUAAGAGAGUCUACUGUCAGAAGAAGAAAAGCUUAA